GGCUCGGGCCAGGGCGGGUGGCUAUGGUUAGUGGGAAUAUCGGCUCAAUGUUGUGGCGGCCAAUGGGCAGGAUGCACGCGUGGCUGGGAAAGGAAGAGGGCGUGGUGACAGGCGUUAUGCCAUGCACUCCUAGGGCUCCAUGGCUGCUCUGGUUGGACACGGUUGUGUGGGCGAGUAGAAUGGUAGUCGAGCACACAAUCCAAGACUGUGAGAGGCAAAUUGGCUCAUCUCCAACUCAGCAAAGCUUUGAUCCCUGUUCGCCACUGCCUCACGAGCUCUUUGGCCUGCAGGAAAGCAAUUAUCAAGGACACUCCCUCUUCAUCCCCGGAUUCUCUCGAGGAAUCCCUUGCUGCUGGGCCUGGUGUUUCGAGUUGACGUAGGGCUGUUGAGUGGCUGCGCCAGCCAACACUGCUCCUGAAGUUUUGGAAAUCCGACAUAGCACUGAUGUCUGGGUUCACUUGAAAGAGAAGGAGAAGCAGAAGGCGCCACCGCAAGCAUCGCCUGGUUUAGCUUCGUUUUAGAUCGAGGUAAGUCGUAAGUUUGAAUAUCUUUGUAUUCUAUGAUGAGAUUUUUUUUCUGUCCGAUACUGCUUCUGUCGAAUCUAAAAUUUAGUUCCAGUUUCCGAGAGUUUGAGGGCCGGUUUCAACGAUGCUGUGCUGGGAUUCUGUGCCAGGUAACCUGAUGCUGGUGUAGGAGCAGCACUUGGGGCUGCAGCUCAAAAUUGCAAAGCUGUGGAUUAUGAGGCAGAGAUUGGUAAACACAACAUUGGAGUUAUUUCGUUGUUCUUGAGUGUGCUUCGCAAAAGUCUAAUAUUUUCCUUUCAGAUUAUUACAUAGUUGUGAAAUUUAUAUAUAUCCUGCAUUUCUAUUCUGCAUAAACUUCUAUACAAACUCAAUUAAAAAUAUAUAUAUAUAAUCAAACCUAUAAUCGAAGUGACUGAAAAUGCCUCGCC